UUUAAUUUUAUUGCGGGGACACAGGCAACGUGAGCUCUAACGGAUCCGCCGCCCGCCGGGGAGGGGUGAGUGCCUCCUCUAACGGAUCUGCCGCCCGCCGGGGAGGGGUGAGUGCCUCCUCUAACGGAUCCGCCGCCCGCCGGGGAGGGGUGAGUGCGUCCUCUAACGGAUCUGCCGCCCGCCGGGGAGGGAAGCUGCCUGGCCUGAGUGUUUACAGCAUCUUCUGUUAUUACAAAGUGCAACACAUCUCUCAAAGUGUUCAUAGUGACAGCAUUCAAAACAUGGAAAGUGGAACAAUGUCGACGAAAGUAUCCACCAUCGGUUUGGAAUUUUCUGAUAAAAUGAAGGAGCGAAGGAAUGGUAUAUUGAAAAAGACAAAAUACAAUGCUUUCUUGAUCUCCAAAAUUAAGACCAAGAUUCUAAACAACUCAUCCAUGAUGAAGAUUUCACUUAAAAAUAACAAUAAAGCUUUGGCGUUAGCUCUUGCCAAUGAGAAACAAAAAUAUAGGAUGGUUGAGCAGGAAAAAGUAAUGCUUCAAAAAGAAAUAUGCACUCAGAAUUAUGACAUUGUUAUGCUUCAGCAAAGGCUGAGUACUCAGAAUGCUAAAAUUUCAAUCUUGGAAGAAUUCUUGAUGAAGAUAAAAAGCUGUUUCUCAGAUGCUACAAGUUACUUGUCAACUGCAAUCAGUACCUGUGAAUGUGAUUUUCAAGAACAUCAGUUGAAUGGUUUAUGUGAAAGAAGCAGCACUGUAAGUCGGAGUUGCAGCUCUAGCUUGUUACCAUCAGGAAUCCCAGUAAAUCUUGGAGAAGUUCAUCGGACUAGUGGCAUUAAGAGUAACAUUGAUUCUUUUAACGGAGCUAUAAAGAUUCCAUUUGAAAAUGCUAAAUCAUCAAUUUGUGUACCAACAUCUCAAACCUAUAACCUGAAUUUCCAUGAAAAUUUUUCCUUAAAAGACCCAAAUAUGGGAGAACAGCUUAUAACUGGACAGCCUAUUCAAGAUGGUGUUUCAAGUCAUCCCAGGCUUCACAAUUCUGGAACAUCUGCAAUUGAUGGUAUUCAUGUUCCACCAACAUUUAUUCAGCAAAUCCCUGCAGCAGAGCUGAGUGGGGCUAUGUGUGCAAAUCAGAAUAUCACAUUAAGAAGAAAAGAUUCACAUUCUCGAAGUUCUAAAAUGUUCAUGGAAGUAGUCAAGAAAAACAGUACGUCCCUGGCCAAAGAAUCCUUCUCAAGAAAUUCUGUAUCCAGUGAGAGCUUAGACUUUAGCAGGACCAGUUUGGCAGCGUCACAAGCCAUAACAAUGCCAGUGCAGUCUACUUCACAACUUUCUGACAUAAAAAUGAGUGGUGCCAAUGAGUUUGAGGAACAGUCAGUUGAGCUACAGAAACCUGAAGAGACUGCCUUUAGUGCAGAAAUGGAUCUGACAGCCGCUGAUGUCGCAGAAAUUAUUACUGUUGGAACUAAAGCCACAAAAAGCAGUUUCGAAAAACCGGCAAGAAAUGUGGAAAUUGAAACACAGUCUGAGAACGUGAACUCUCUGCGAAAAGUAAAACGACUCAAGGGGAAAAAAUCCAGUGCUAAAGGCAGUUGCAACACUGCUCCUCUUGUGUGUGAAAAGAAGCCAAAAAAAUGUUUCCAGAAAUUUUCUAAUUUGGACCAAGUAAGUAAUAAUGAGGUGUCUAAUGUUGGACUGAGUGAAUGGUCAGUGGGUAAAGAGAACAUUCAUACAAAUAGUAAUGAGAAAUAUAGCCAGGUUUUAAAUGGUCCACCAGCUAAUAUAAAAGAAAAUGUUGAGGAAAGGAUACUUGCAGCCCAAAAAGGGAAGAAGAGUGUUGAAGAAAUUGCAUCCAAUAUAAUGGUACAUUUGAACAGGGAAGAUUGUUGUGAAGUGGCGAUAAAUGAAAAUCCAGAUGAUGCACAAGAGAGCAAUGUAAUUUCAAAUGAUUUUCUGAAAGAAAAGAUUGCUCAAAAAACACUUAAGAUGAAAAAGCACAAAGGAUUAAAAGAAAGUAAAUCUAAUCCAAUUACGCAUAAAAAUAGAGAACCUAAAGCUGAGGAGAUGGGUGAACAUCUAUAUCGUGAUGAAUGUGGAAAUGUAUGUAAUAGGAAGGCUGGCCAAAAGACACUUAUGGUGACACAAGAGCAUGUGAGUGUUAAAGAAAACCUGUCUAAAUCAACUGGUCAGGAGAAACUUGAAAAGCAACAAGUGAUAGCAAUAGGUGAAUGCUCACGUAGUCCAGAAGUGAGAAGCGGCACCUGUAAUGCCUCAGAGGAAAAUACUGUUAGUAAAGGCAAGGCUAGACUUGGAACACUUGUGUGCAAGCAGCGCAACACCAUUAAAGAAUGUUCAGUAAUACAUCAGAAUGACACCAAACACGAAUUGAACAUGGUUGAGCCUACAAGUUGCAGAAAAGUUGACACUGCAUUUGAAGCUUGUCAAGUGCUUGAAACGCACAAAAAUUCAUCCAACCAGGAGAAAUGCAGAGAGCAGCCUGAAAUGGUACCAGAUAAAUGUGUGGGAGUAGAUGAUUCCAGUUUUGAUGCUUCACAGAAAGAGAUUGGCAAAAAAAGGUGCAAGGCAGACCGAAAAACUUUUGUAAUAUGCAAACAACAUAAUACCAUUAAAGAGAAUCCCUCUGAACUAAUUAAACAUGAAUGUGGUCAACAGUCCAUGAUAGCUGAAAAUCUGCCAGCUUCAAAAGAUAGCACUGAAACUACCAAUGUGUCACAAGAAAAUGUGAAGGAAAUCAUAGACAAAAGAACAUUGCCAACAUACAAAAUGUGUAACAAUGUUGAAAAUUCAUCUAAUCAACCUGUGGAGAAGCAAAGCAGAGAACAGUUUCCAGUGGAGAUUAAUCAGUACUUGAAUAGUUUGGUGAAGAGGAAUCAAAAAUGUUGCAAAUCAAAUGCAACUCUGGAAAAUCUUAAAGAGAAGCUGGUUGAAACAACAGUUUUUUGUAAAAGCAUUGAAAACACAACUCGUUCAAUUGUACCGGAGGAAAAUCCAGGGCAUUGUAAAGUGAAGGAUGAACUGGGAUUGUGUGAGGAGAACACCUGCGUGAAUUUAAAAAGUGAUCAGAUGGCUCUUUCAAAAAAAAGAAACAAACUUGGAGAGAGAAUCUGCACUAAUGGCUCUAGUGACUCUGACCAGCAACUAUUCAGAGAGGACAAUGUUGGAGUGGAUCUUGCAAUAGCAGAAUGUUCAAAAGUUUUAGAGAAGGAAGAAUGUAAAGUUCUAAAAGAUGUGACAAACUUAACCCCCAGCAAACUUAACUGUCAGUCACAACUCUCAGAAGGAAAACAAGAACUUCUGUGUUUACGCAGCAAACGCCAAGCCACUGCAAUAGUAAACUACAAAGAACCAACCCUGAGAAGGGACCAUGAAGAUUGGAAUAAAGUUAGGUGGAAGAAAAACAAAGCAAUGAUUUGGAUUGAACACUGGAUUAAGUUUUCAAGCAAUCAGCCUACAGUAAACUGCGUCGAGGGGAUGAUUUCACAGACUCAAAAUAUCUACGUUCACCUGUCCAUAAAAAUGGAAAGAAAAAGAGGUGCAGUAUACCAAAAGUCCACAGAUAGCUACAUGAGGCAGGGGGAAGCAACUUGAAUUUUGUUUGGUUUUGUAAUCUCCUAAAUUUCCAACUAAAAUGUCAGUUCAAGUAAUACUUGCAUUUCUUUCACCUACUUAGAUAUCAAAACUGUAAAUUUGUUUUGACAUCUCAGUAUUCAAACUAUAUCUUGGGUAUAAUUAUGCAGCUAAAGAUUAUGUAACAAGGUUGAUGUACUUUUUGUGUAAAUAUCUAGACCGGUGCAAAAAUCCUAAUACCAGCACUACCGAUUACUCUAUAAUUGGUACAUUAAAGCUCAUACACCCUACUUGUACAGAUAGUUAUUGUACCCAAGUUUUGUGUAGAAUUAAUGCAGCAGAGCUUACACAAAAAAAUGUGGUAGAAGGCUGAAGCUCAUUUGUACUAAGGUUGUAAACAGUAGAUGCAUACCCUUGGGAUAACCUACCAAUUCUGAGGUACUGUGAUCAGCUUACACCUUGCAAGAAGAAAGCAAGUCUUGAACAGGUGCGGGUGCAGUGGGGAGCCUAGUGCAACGACAGUUUUGUAUAUGAGUUCUGCUUUGUUGUUGUAGCUCAUGUGAUUUGGUAAAUAUCCAUUUGUUAAAUGCACGUUGGUCAGUUUCUGUUUAUUCUUUUAAAACUUCAGUUGAUUUAGCCAUGCAUUGUCAUGGAUUUUUAAGUAUACCUACCUCUAAGUUUUUUUUUAUUGCAUUGAAUUUAAUAGUUGAAACUGAAUAAAUACUUGAGAUGCAAUAAAUAUAUUGCUCUUUGAAAUUAUGUUCAAUCACUAUUAUAUAAUUAUUGUUUCAUACCAGUUUCGUAAAGGAAAGCUAAAACGUUCACCUAAAAUGUAUAAAUUGGAAUUGCAGAUGACCAUUUUCAUUUGACUUUCCAAAACUGCUCAUUAGGAAGCCACAUUGCUUUGCAACUUAUUUUAAUCUUCUGCCUUCUAUAGUGUAUUUAUGUUCUGGAUGUAACAUCCAAUCAAGGAUUCUGGAAUAGUGUUUAAAAUCUAAUACUUAGUUUGUGACCAAGGGCAAAAAAUAGUUUGUCCAUGGCAUCUUUUUACUUUUGUGGUUUCGCAUGAAAGACUUCUGUAGACCACAACAAAAAUGUUAAUAUAUCAACAUAGUGUGAGAAUGGGCUGGAGUGUAGUUCCCAUUUCCUCAUUAAAACUGCUGUUCAUUUGCCUUCCUCUUUCUCUUCAACUACCAACCAUCCCACCUUCUCUUCAUGUUGCUUCUCUCCAGGAUUCUGAUUUUUUUUUUUAAAAAAAAAGUGACCUACAUGUUCACAAUGGGUGAUUUGAGCCAAUUCAAGUUGCCUAGCAGAAUUACAUUUGGAGAGGAGCCAGUCUGUAUCUGGAUUUCAACAAACUUGCAGUAUUUGUGUUGCAGUUGUACAGCUGGCCUUAAAUGCUGGUGUGUUAUCUGAUUUAGGUGAUAUGAAAAUGGUUUUCUAACAAACUAUCUACAGUGCAACAAGAAUUUGCCUGGUUCAUCCUCUAGUGCACAGUAUCUUGCCUGCAAGCCAUAAUGCAGAGGCAGGACUGUGAGUGCAGAGCAGUGGUAGAUUGAAUUUAAUUGAGACAAACCACCUUAUUGUCUACCUGCACUGCACUUUCUCUGUGGCUGUUACAUUUUAUUCUGUAUUAUUGUUUUACCUUGUACUACUGCAUGCACUGUGUAUUAAAUUGAUCUGUGUGAAUAGUAUCAAGAUGAGUCUUUCACUGUACCUCAGUACAUGACAAAAAUAAACCAAU